AUGGUAAUACUAUGUAAGUGGUUGCUGGAUGAAUUCAAUAAUAAAGACGCACGGGAAGUGUCAAGUAUACCUUUUAAGUACCAUUUAGACGUGGACAGCCCUCUGCUGGCACGAGUCCAAUCCAAGGAAAUAGGAGUGGCAAGUAUUGUAUUUAAUAGAACAGAACCACCGGCCAUUACGGGGGAAGAAGAGGUGGUUCAACUGGAAUACGAUAUAUCACUGGCAGAUAGGGUUAUAGAUGAAUUUUAUGAUUUGAAUAAUGAAAUAAAUAUAGAAGCAUGGUCGAAUUUUAGGGCAAUACAGACGAACAGGGUAGCAGCUCUAAGCAACACUGGAAUAAAUAGCAAUGAAAAUAAUGAUACUAGUAAUAAUAACCUAGAUGGAAGUAGCAUUAAUGGUGACUGGGUUAAUAGUAUUUUUGAGUGUUAG